UGAGACAACAUCACGGCUCUUCCACCAUUCACGGGACGAUGUGAGAGAGCUUGAAUAAGUCUUCAUGACAAUCCAUCCUUAGACCAGCCAGUCCCUGAACAUUUAUUUCACUUGGACUUUCGAAGAGCCCCCAAAGGUAACCUUAACUACCUAGCAGGAGGCUGGCUAACACGCAUCAUGGUCCCCGUCCCCGCCGCAGCCGCCGCCGCCGGCGCCCUCGCCGGGGCCGCCUACCUCAACGCGCGCUUCUCGCUGGCGCACGACCUGCUCUUCUUCCGCAUCUUCGGCUCCGCCCUGUUUGGCCUCUUCCGCGCGGGGCGCGCCGGCAGGCUCAACGUCUUCUACGUGCUCGAGGCGCAGGCGCGCGGCGACAAGGCGACGGCCGCCAAACCGUUCGUCCUCUUCGAGGGCCGCGCCGUCACCUACGCCGAGGCGUACGACACGGUCCUGCGCUAUGGUGCCUGGCUGCGCGAGCGCCGCGGCGUGCGAGCCGGCGAUGUCGUCGCUCUUGACUACCAGAAUUCUGAGACGUUUGUUUUUCUGUGGUUUGCCCUGUGGGCUAUCGGUGCGAAGCCCGCGUUUAUCAACCACCACCUGCAGGGCACCGCGCUGGCGCACUGUCUCCGGGAGUCGACGGCCAGGUUGGCGCUUGUCGAUCCGCGCGUCGCUGAGAGUGUGUCGGACGAGGUCCGCCGGGAGCUCUCCGGUAUGGAGUUUGCCGUGUUCACGCCCGAGCUCGAAGCGGAAGCGCAGAGGCAGGAGCCGGUGCGGUAUCCGGAUGCCGAGAGGACGGAAAAGGAGCCGACCGAUAUGGCCAUGUUGAUUUACACGUCUGGGACGACGGGUAUGCCGAAGCCCGCCGUGAUUUCGUGGGCGAAGGUCUAUAUGGCCGCCAAUAUGUCGGCAAAGGGAACGGGCUCAACGCCGAGCGAUGUGUUUUAUACGUGUAUGCCUCUUUACCACAGCGCCGGCUCUUGUCUCGCGGUGUGUAGCGCGCUGUUUCUUAGGGCCACCGCCGCCAUCGGUCGUCGCUUUUCCACCAAGACCUUCUGGAAGGAGGUGCGUGAGACGAAGUCGACCGUCAUCCAGUACGUGGGUGAAACGUGUCGUUAUCUGACGGUUGCGCCCCCUGAAAUCGACCCGGUCACGGGCGAGAAUCUCGACAAGAAGCACUGCGUACGCGCGGCCAUGGGCAACGGUCUCCGCCCAGACGUGUGGGAUCGAUUCAAGGAGCGGUUCGGCAUUGAUACCAUCUAUGAAAUUUAUGCUGCUACCGAAGGCGCCGCCGGCCUUUGGAACCCCUCCCGUAACUCCUUUGCAAAGGGAGCCAUUGGCCGGUUCGGUCUCGUUUCAGGGGCUUUAUCCAGCCUGCGGACGACGCUCGUUGAGGUGGACAAUGAGACUGAGCUUCCAUGGCGAGAUCCCAAGACGGGUUUCUGCAAACGCGCCAAAACUGGCGAAGCUGGUGAGUUCAUUGUCGGGUUGCCUGCGGACGACAUCAAAAAAAGGUUCCAGGGGUAUUAUGGAAAUACAGAGGCGACGAAUGCCAAGAUCAUGCGUGAUGUGUUCAAGAAAGGGGAUGCUUGGUUCCGCUCAGGCGAUGUACUCCGAUGGGACAGCGAUGGGCGAGUCUACUUCCACGACCGUAUCGGCGACACGUUCCGUUGGAAAAGCGAGAACGUCUCCACCGCCGAAGUUGCCCAGGUUCUGGGCUUGCAUCCCGCUGUCCAAGAAGCCAACGUCUAUGGCGUGCAGCUGCCGCAUCACGACGGCCGAGCGGGGUGUGUGGCAAUUGUGUUGGACACCCCACAGGCUAACGCACGGGUGCUGGCUAGUUUGGCUUCGCAUGCAAGGGAGAAGUUGCCGCGGUAUGCGGUACCAUUGUUUGUACGCCUGGUCAAGGAGGUGGGCGCGCAGACGACGGGAACGAACAAACAGCAGAAGCAUGUCUUGCGCCAGCAAGGUGUUGACCCCUCCAAGGCCGAAGACGAUGCCUUGUUUUGGUUGAAGGGGGGGACAUAUGUCCCGUUCCGUCUAACGGACUGGAAGGCACUUGAACAAGGCGCCGUUAAAUUGUAAUCGGGCUGCUUUGAAGUAGGAUAAGCAUUGACUUUUGUAGUAUAUUUGGUUCAUCUCCGGCCUUAGACGCUUGAAAUAAUGAUAGUCCAGUGCCAAUUG